GAACGACUUCCGUUUUGUGUUUUAUUAAAGGUGCUGUUAAAAUUCCAACCGUUUCCAUAUCUCCAGAGGACUUAAAUACAACUGCCAUGGCAGAAUUUGGGAAUUAUAUUAAGGAAGUCUUUCCUGCUGUAUUUUCUUCCAAGUUCAUCCAACAUGAAGUCGUUGGAACGUACAGCCAUCUCUUCACCGUUCAGGGCUCCCGCCCUGAAAUGAUGCCCUACAUGCUGCUGGCGCACAUGGAUGUUGUGCCUGCGAGCCCGGAUGGCUGGGAUGUCCCUCCCUUCUCCGCUGCGGAGCGCGAAGGUUUCAUCUACGGACGAGGAACGCUGGAUAACAAAAACUCAGCUAUAGGCAUUCUGCAAGCUCUAGAAUUUCUGCUAAGAAGGAACUAUAGACCUCGCAGAUCUUUCUAUGUUGGCAUUGGACACGAUGAAGAGGUGUUUGGUCGAAAAGGAGCAAAGAAGAUGGCAGCUCUCUUGGAAGCUAGAGGAGUGAGACUCUCCUUCUUGUUAGACGAGGGAAGCGGUGUCCUAGAUGGCAUCAUUGCAGGAAUGAAGAAGCCAGUAGCUCUAAUAGGUAUCACAGAAAAGGGUUCAAUAACACUGAACUUCACUGUGGAAAUGGAGCCAGGACAUUCAUCCUUUCCUCCUAAGGAGACGAGCAUUGGCAUUCUCGCAGCAGCCAUGUCCAGGCUGGAGCAGAAUCCCAUGCCCAACAUGUUCGGCUAUGGGCCAGAACUCAUGACUAUGGAGCACCUUGCGUCAGAGUUCAGUUUUCCUCUCAAUCUCGUCAUGAGCAACCUAUGGCUGUUUUCACCUAUUGUCAGCAGAAUUCUUUCCUGGAAACCUUCUACCAAUGCUUUGAUUCGAACUACUACAGCAGUCACAAUGUUUAAUGCAGGCGUCAAGAUAAACGUUGUCCCAUCUUCUGCAAAAGCAACCGCGAACUUCCGCAUCCAUUCUGCAGAAAAGGCCACUGAGGUGCUAGAGAUGGUUAGAAACACUAUUGCUGAUGACAGAGUGAAGAUUGAUAUAGUAGAGGCCUUUGACCCACUCCCCAUCAGCCCUUGGGAUGAUCAGGCAUUUGGAGUCCACAUUUUUCAAAGAACCAUCCUGGAUACUUUCCCAGAUGUUGACAGCGUGGUCCCAGGCACGUGUGUUGGAAACACAGACAGCAGGCAUUUCACGAACGUCACCAACGCCAUUUAUCGAUUUAACCCAGUGCUCUUGAAAUCAGAUGAUCUUCCCAGGAUCCAUGGGUUGAACGAGAGAAUCUCUGUCGAGGUUUAUGAGAAACAGGUCGAGUUUCUCUUUCAACUGAUUCAGAACUGUGAUAUUGAGAAGCUGCCGGAGCCUCACGCGAACUCCCAUGAGCUGUGAGA